AUGUUUAAUUCAUUCGAGGGAAAUUACAAAUCGAAGCGUAGUAUCAAUCUUGGUGGUCAAAAGAAGCAAGAGGAUAAAGAGGCUCUUGUGAGGAAUACGCAGGAACAGCGGCGUGCACGGGAUAUUGAACGUUUGAAAAAGAAAUCCGCGGCAAAAAUUCAGGCAUUUUUUCGCGGUAGGACUGUUACCAGAAAUUUACGCGAUCAAGAGAGAGCAUCAUGGGAUCAACAGGCAGAAUUCAUUCUUCGUUCAGAUAUUCCUAGACGGGAUGUUGCUACGACCUUGAUCAAUCUUGUUCGCAGCUUCCUUUUUUUCUACCGGCCCCUUAGUGACGGUCAAAGAGAAUUAUGUUUAUGCAAUAUAUUGAGGAAACAAAAUCUCGAUUUGGAGAUAAUAUUCGUUCCAUUCUAUUAUGAGGAUUUGCGUAAUGUAUGGGCUUACCAGUUAAAAAAGGUCCUACUGAUCUUUCUCAGAAGUGUCGGAUCAAAUUCUAUAUAUGAUAAAAAGAACGUAGUUCAUUACUUGGAGGCUUUAAUGUUAACCAUGGAUGUUAAAAAGUACGGGUCAUCAGGUCAGUCUGUCGGAGGAAGAGAAACCGCUCAAGGAAUUUUAGAAUAUUUGAAAACCGAGGACAAGAAUAAUCCGGCAACUCGAUCAAUCGCGAACCUUUCUGUUCAUCCGUUCCACAUUCUUGCUUCCACUCAUCCGAUCUAUCAGUUGGCUUUGCAAGAUUUUAUCACACACAUCUUCACCAUAUCAUCACUACCAAGUCAUCUUAGUAAAGAAGCCCUGAUUAUAUUCUCACGUCGGACACUUUAUGAUCUUAUAUUGAGGCUAUCAACAAUUCCUAGAAAUAAUUGGAAUGCAGAGCAAGCGAGUAUUCUUCUAAGUAAUUUGGUUGUAUUCACACAUCGAAUUGUUAAACAGAUGAGUAACCCUGUGUUUCUUGCCUAUUUGACGGUUCUUCAAAAUCUAUCAUUACAAAUUCCAAUUCGAUCUCUUCUGGAUAAAUCUUCAGCUGAAGUAAUUGUAAAUGAUGACGAUUCCGACGACGAUAUAAUAACCGAAGGUCGUCCCGAAACUUCGCUUGUCAAAAUCGAUCCAGUAGUCCUAAAGAGAAUCUCCUAUAUGUUUGACCGUCAAUACUUGAUUUCUGUGUUCGAAUUUUCAAAGGACUCGAAUUACGCCACUUUUCUCAAAGUCACCAACUUUUUGCUUACUUUAAUGAUACGUUGGCCUUCGAAGAAGACGGAAUUGCUAAAUAACAUGACAUACGGAGCACUUUCUACUCCGGAAAUCCGUUUGUCCAUUAGUUUGAUAUGGGAAGCGUUCAAGAAAUCGGAUUUGGCAAACCUAUUGCCAACCAGUCAAUCUAUACCCCUUAAUUACUUUACUGACUCGACAUAUUCAGAACAAUGGGGAAUGUUUGCACUGCUUUGUGAAUUGUUUAGUCAAAUUUUACUUAUAAUGGGCGACGAUGAAUUCUUCGAUGAAGGCAGAAAUCCCCUUAGGCUUUCAGAGAUAGUGGACAUAUCCACUUGUUUGAAGAAUGUUGGGUUCACAUUAUAUUGGAAUAGUCCGUCGCUCAAGAUGGACCUUGUAGUUGACGGUGGUUGCAUUUCAUUUAUUUAUCUGAGGGACACUGUCACCAAAUUACUAAGGCAAAUACAUGCAAGAGAUUCUCGUCGUCGAUUCACUUCACCCGACCACUGGUUGAUGAUAUCCGAGUCAGAGAUAAGCACUUUUGCGAAAACGGUUGUUGAUGAAGAUCAAGAACUCGAGAGAGAUCAAGAAAAAAACAACGUGGACAAACGUCAGCGGAUAUCCAUUAGCCCAAGGCUUGGAAUUUUGUAUAGUAUUCCUUUCGUAAUACCCUUUGACGAGCGCGUAAAAAUCUUUAGACAAUUUGUUCGCAAUGAUCGUGAACGAAGUUCUGGUCACCAUCCUUUUUUUGAGCCUCGAACUCAUGUUACCAUUCGCCGAAAUCAUGUAUUUGAGGAUGGCUACGCACAUCUCAAUGCUGCGGGGGCAAGAUUGAAAAAUUCAGUGGGUAUUCAGUUUAUCGAUGAAUUUGGAAUUCAAGAAGCUGGUAUCGAUGGUGGUGGCUUAUUCAAGGAGUUUUUAACCUCGUUGACACGUAUCGCCUUUGAUACAAAUUUCGGUCUGUUCCUAAGCACAAAGGAACAACUUUUGUAUCCAAACCCACAAGCUUACGCGAGACAAGAUGAGCGUCUCAAUUAUUACGAGUUCAUUGGUCGUAUACUGGGUAAGGCACUGUACGAAGGAAUUUUAGUGGACGCCGCGUUUGCCGGAUUUUUCCUUAGCAAGUGGCUCGGGAGAACGUCAUAUUUGGAUGACCUACCUUCCCUUGAUCCGGAAUUAUAUCAGGGCUUAAUCAUCCUGAAAAAUUAUAAAGGAAACGUAGAGUCUGAUCUAUCAUUAAACUUCACCGUGGUCGACGACGAAUUCGGGGAGCAACGCACUAUUGAAUUGGAGGAGGGAGGUAGCGAUAUACCUGUCACCAACGAGAACCGUAUCCGCUAUAUUUACCUGAUGGCGAAUUAUCGACUAAAUAAACAAAUCGAACGUCAGUGCAAGUCAUUUUUCCGCGGAUUAUCAGACUUGAUAAAACCAAAGUGGCUAAGAAUGUUCAAUCAAGUUAGUUUGUCACUAAAAUUCGACCCAUUAAUACGCACUUUACAAGAUGCAUCUGUAAUCGAAAAUUCUCUUUUUUCAAAACAGCAAGAACUACAGAUCCUUGUUGGAGGGGCAUAUAUUCCCAUCAACCUUGAGGAUCUACGAAGAAACACCGUGUACGCCGAAUACAAAGAUGAUGACCCCGUUAUCAUUCACUUUUGGAAAGUUGUAUCGGAAUUUUCCGAGGAACAAAAGCAAAAAUUAAUAAAAUUUGUUACAUCGUGUUCUCGACCACCUUUACUUGGGUUUAAGGAGCUUAAUCCUAAGUUCAGUAUACGAAGGGCUGGCUCUGGGACCAGAUUACCCUCGUCAAGCACUUGUGUUAAUUUAUUAAAAUUACCUGCGUAUCCAGACGAAGAUACGUUGAGGGAGAAACUGUCGUACGCCAUUAAUGCCGACGUAGGUUUCGACCUUUCUUGA